ACCAUUUUUUCAACUUUCAAAUCUUCAGAUUCUAUCAAUCAAAUCAUCUACAAAUUCAAAGCAAACAUUUUCCUCAUGGCUAGAAGUGACAAUGGACAAAGGUGGUGGCAAGCAUUUCUUGUGUUAUUGGUGGUGUACUCAGCUUGGUCAUCCCCAUUCGAGCUUGCAUUUAGAGAAAUGGGAACGGGUCCACUCAUGCCUGUUGAUUUGGUGGUUGAUGCCUUCUUUGGAGUUGAUAUUAUUCUUACUUUUUUCGUUGCCUACUUGGACACAUCAACUUAUUUGCUAGUCGAUGAUCACAAGAAAAUAGCUUUGAGGUAUGUGUCGAAUAUGUGGUUCCCAAUGGAUGUGGCCUCUACCCUUCCAUUCCAAUCCAUAUACAAACUUUUCUCUGGGAAAACACACCAUGGAGAUGUCUUUGGCUUCCUCAACAUGCUCAGGCUCUGGCGCCUCAGGCGUGUCAGUGAAUUCUUUUCUAGGUGCCAUUACAUGCCCAUGACCUUAAAUGUUUUCAUUGAAACUUUUCAAUUAUCAAGUCCUACAAGUACUUUUAUCUUCCCCAACUAAAGUUUUUCCAUCGAAUGCACUACAUCCAUGCAUACUUCUUUACUACGAAG